CUGCUAAAGUACCGGGCGGGAUUUCCGCAAUACGUUCAGUAUGGCGAAGACCUACGAUUAUUUGUUUAAACUGCUGUUAAUCGGGGAUUCCGGAGUCGGGAAGACCUGUGUGCUGUUCAGAUUCUCAGAGGAUGCCUUUAACUCGACAUUUAUCUCGACGAUAGGUAUCGAUUUCAAGAUCAGGACAAUAGAACUAGAUGGCAAGAAGAUAAAGUUACAGAUAUGGGACACGGCAGGACAGGAACGAUUUCGGACGAUCACGACAGCAUAUUACAGAGGUGCAAUGGGUAUUAUGCUGGUUUAUGAUAUCACCAAUGAGAAGUCAUUUGACAACAUCAAAAACUGGAUCCGAAACAUAGAGGAGCAUGCAUCAGCUGAUGUGGAAAAGAUGAUUUUGGGGAACAAAUGUGACAUUAAUGAGAAGAGGCAGGUGUCUAAAGACAGAGGCGAGAAGCUGGCGUUAGAGUACGGCAUCAAGUUCAUGGAGACAAGUGCAAAGGCUAAUAUCAACGUUGAGAAUGCUUUCUUAACACUCGCCAGAGACAUAAAAGCAAAGAUGGACACAAAAUUGGAGGGAAACAAUCCUCAGGGCAGCAACCACGGUGUGAAAAUUACCACUGAACAGCCGAAAAAGAGCAGCUUCUUUCGCUGUGUGCUACUGUGAAGACCAAGGCCUUACUGUCCACCGUUCACGGGCUGGACAUGACUGGACUAUGCUCUCCCUCUUAGCACUCCUCCUUCCUCUUUUAUCCCAUCUCUCCUUCUCUGUCGCUCUACUUCCAGCCCUCGGGCAGUCAGAGUUGCUGGCUCCUCUUAUCCUCUUCCAUUGACAGAUUAGUGAUGCCGCUUCCUCUCGCUUAUGACUCUUCCAUGGCAAAAAAAACCGUGGUGGGAAAGUGUCAAGUCAAGGUUGACGAACUGGGUGCUGACGCAUCUUUUGCAGUCGUUCCACCAUCUAAAAGAGACCUCCAUCUUUCUUUCAUUCGCUCGUUUUUUGAGCACACAACUGCCAAAAUACAUCCAUUCCUUCAUGGCGACCUGGAAGUUGAUGCGAUUCUGGGUCUGACCGCUGAGCGUGAGCUGAUAUUGAGCCAAUUUGAGAGUUACAUGGGACGUUUUCUAUCAUUCCAUUUUAUUUUUCGGCCCUCAUGCAUUCUGUGACAAUCACACAACCUUUUUGUAAUUAGAGAAGUAUUAUAAGCCACCUAUUAGAUGCAUCAUUUCUUUCUUUCCUUUAAGUGCUGUUUUUGACCCCUUUUUAUGGUCACUAAUCUUUGACUUGUUACUCAAAAUUGGCGCAGUUUCAGAGAUAAAACAAUGGUAGAAUCAGCUUUUUUUAAUUAUUAUUAUUCAUCAAGACAUGUUAAUC